AUGCUUCAAGAAAAAAAAUAUUUUGACAAUUUAGAAUAACUUUAAAAUUCUUCUUUAGAUUCUCAUAAUUUCUUAGAAAUUGAUUUAAGAUUUUAAAAUUUAGACAAAUUAACAAAAAACUUCGCUGGUGCUAUAGCAAAGUGUACUAAUUUAUCAGCCUUGGUAAUCAUCCUUUCAUCAAAUCAUAUUGACGAAACAGGUGUAUCAGAUUUGGGUACUGCAUUAGCAAACUGUAAUAAUCUAAAAGAUUUAAAACUUUAUUUAGGAUAUUGCUAAAUUGGAGCUUAAGGUGUAUAAAAUUUAGGUUUUGCUCUUGAAAACUGUAAAAUAUUAUAAAAUUUGACUCUUUUCCUUUAAAAUAACUAAAUUGGGUCUUAGGGCGCCUCAGACCUUUCCUCUUCUUUAUCAAAAUGCAUUGAACUUUAACGCUUAAAUAUUGAUCUCAGCAGUAAUUAAAUUGAGUUAAAGGGGAUCUCAGAUUUAGGAUCUGCUUUAGCGAAGUGUUCUAAGCUAACAACUUUGACUAUCUAUAUCAGGGAUAAUAAGAUUAGUGACAAAGGAGCAUCAAGUUUAGGUCGCGAAUUGGCAAAAAGUUCUACUAUUAAAAACUUGGCGUUAUAUUUGCAGGAAAACUCAAUAAGCAAUCAAGGUGCAUCCAAUCUAAGUUUAUAGUUAGCUAAUUUUCAAAAUCUUCAAAUAGUAACUCUUGGUCUGAGCCUAAAUAAAAUUGGUGAUGAUGGAGCUGUUUGCUUAGGUUAAAAUUUAGCUAAUAUACCUUUCCUUACUACUUUAGCUCUACUUUUAUACAUGAAUAAAAUUACUGACAUAUAAUUAAAGAAAUUAAGAAGAAAAAUACUUAAACUUAAAAGACUAACAAUUUAUUUUGAAAAAUUUAAGAGAGAUUGA